CUCACUGAGGCCGCCAAUGAUCGCUUGCCUGUUGAAAGUGCACCUCGACCCACUGGGAUGGCAUCGUCAAGCUCACAUCACAAUUGACCAUCGAAACUACAACACUUCACCAUACCCUCAGCCAAUCUAUACACAGGCGGCACUCUCAGAAAUCGCCAACAUGGGUGGUGGCGGCAAGAUUCCGUAUCCCAAACACAUCUGGUCGCCUGCCGGUGGUUGGUACGGCCAGCCGCAGAACUGGAAGACCAACACCGCUGUCUUCGGCCUGAUCAUCGCAGCUUGUGCAGGUCUGGCUUGGAGAGUGUCCGCCGAACGAGAGCACAGAUACCGAAUGCCGGAGCGCGACGCUUUCUUUCCGAGUCGAUACUGGACCAAGCAGAUCAUCGAGCAUGAUAAGGCUCAAAAGGGCCAAUGAGUUCAGAGACGAAUCUGCCACCAUAAAUAGCACGCCGACGCCACGAAACCUAUGCUUUAUCGAUUGACAACUCGGAGGUUUGACCGGCAACCGGUUCCAAUGGAAAGCCAAGAUGGAAAAACCAACGGAAAGUGACUUCAAGAAGGACGAGGGAACUGGUUGACUUGCGGCCCCGUGGUUGAACCGAACACCUUAAGUUUUUCGAGCCCGUGGCACGAUUUGUACAUACAAUAGCAAACGACACAGCGGUGCACGGCAGAAGUGUGCUCGCCUGCUGCCUUACAAAUGCGGUUUUGUUGGAAUCGCACAAAUGACAUGAUUAUUGGUUACAAACUUGUGUUAUACAUCUGGUGGAUCGCAUCUAGUAAGCUGCCGAACUAUAUGCUCCUUGUCCCGCUGCAGAUAAGCCAAAAAUCGAUGUCGAUAAGCUUCGCCGUUCCAACGAUCAGAGUCAUUAUCCGAUAAUGUCGGCAUGCCCGUCUGCUCGAUAGCAUAGCUCGCGGAAGCUGUAGCAUGGAGCAGAGCAAACACCAGCCUCGGUCGCGGAAAAGCCGAGUUGGCAAUAUCGGACAGUUCUGGCGUCCCCUCUCCUGGAUGUGCGGUGCCUGUCAUGGCUAUUGCUAGUGCGCCCAGAAAUGUGUUCCCGCCACCCGUCGGGUCUACCACUCGCUCAGGGUUCUGGUGGUAUGCAUGCAGAUGUAGGGACGCCCGCCCGAAGUAAGCGGUACAACCAAGGGCGCCUUCUCUGAUAACCAGCGCCGUCGGUAACGGGUGGGCAUCGUUCAGGCCGAGCAACAGUGCCACAGCCACUCUCCGAUCAGUUGCUGCUUCUGGCAUCGAAGCAAAGAACGCGGCGAACUCGUCGGCAUUUGGGCUCACGAUAUCCACAUGUGAAGCCGCUUCUCGAAGCCGGUCCAGUUCCUCUGGCGUACAUAGAUCUGGCACAGGCUCCCAGAUAAAUACGGGCCGCGGCUCGUCGGGAAUCAGUUGCUUCCGCCGCGCCAUGAUGCCCUGUACGAUUGAUAUGCAACGUGCCGGAGAACACACCAUGUGAAACGACCGGGCCAGGACUUGGUCAUCUGAUAAUGAAUGCUCGUCGAGCCGUAGCCUUGGCGUGAGGUAUUUGAACGCUUUAGAAAGCACAUAUCAGUUUUCAUACUUACAGGAAUGGAAUGGCAUCGGGCAUGGUGUGGUCAAAGCAAGGCUGAGGCAACAUACCUCGAUAUUCAUUCGGGCCAUAUCCAUUCCAAGCGCGAGUCGUUAAUCGAGUCAUGUCCAGUCUGAAUAGGCAAUUCGUGUGCCAUGAAUCGAUGAGCUCCUUGAACUCGGCCGGAAAGUCCGAGCCAAUAUCCACGACCCAAGAGACAUAUUUGGCUUGAUCGGCCCCAGCAGCUAGCCGUGCCCCAAGAGCUGCAUAAGUCCCGG